AUGCCCAGGAAACCCCGAUCUACCAAAGCAGUCAUCAGCGCUGGAAAUCUCAAGGAGAAGGCCAACUCAUCCACUCACUCCGCCCCACUGGCUUCCACCUCCAACCCAACCUCGGCACCCGCUACUGCCAAGUCAUCCGAGCAAGACGUCGAAAUGAACGUUCAACACUCCAUCUCAUCCGAUCGACCCGGAAACGACGGCACUGAUCAUACCUCUGCCCUCUCUACCUCCGACCAUGGAGCCAAUGAUGAUUCACAAGACGAACAAGACAGUCCGAGCAACAGCGAUGCAGAUGAUCCCGAUCUCGCUGACGAUCACGGCGGGGAACAUGAUGACUUUGGCGAUGAUAUCGAUCCUGAACACAUCGCUUACUUCAGCAAAGCCGAAUAUCUCACCCGAACCCUGAGGCCCAUCCCCUUGGCUAGCUUCCUGGCAUCGAUCCUCGCCAAUCCGAAGUGGGUGAUGGCCGAAACAACAGCUUCAACCAAAGCCCAAGACAUCUUGGACAAUAUCCGAGCCGUGGUCGAUGCACUUGGAACGGUCGAAACUGCCGAUGAAGCCAAAUCCUCGCUUCUCAAGCUGGCAGCCCUCUUCAGCCGCGAAAACGACCCCGUCACUAGUUUUGAACUGCUGGAAAGUGGUCUAGUCGAAGGACUCUUGCGAUUUGCCACCGAGUCGCGUUCAUUUGGACCGCCACUUAGCGUCCGGUCCGAGAUACUUUCAGAAACCUUUUUUUCCUCUUCUGAAGAGACUCCCGCGUUCGUUCCGUUGGUCAAGCGCCUUCAAGAAUCAUUGGGCCGCCUAGAAGGCUUCGAAGUCCUUACAGCUGUUGCAAGUACUCCAGAUGAUUCACGCCGCAGCACCGCUUCCAUGCUAGCUAGACAACUCAAGAUUCGUCUCGUGGCUGCUGAGGGUACCGACGUCCCCAAGAAUUGCGCCAAUGUGGUCGUCUCAAUCCACGCCAUCGCUACCUUUCAGGCUUUCAACGAUUAUCUCCGCCCCCGAAUCAUCAAAGCACAGGAUGACGAACGACUUGGCCGGCCCUCAGGAUCCUCGACAAGUAGGCUUUCGGGUAUGCUGGCUGCAUUCGCGGCCGUCGCUGGUCUCCCUGCCUCCUCCUCAUCCUCCUCUAGCCCCGGCCCUCACCUCGAAGAUUCUGGAUUCACCCUCACAUCAAGGGCAGAAGCUGCGGAAUCAAGUCAAUCCCCAUCGCUUCCGGCCGCCGCCCCUGAAGCUCCUCCAAGCAAUCACGCCCCGCGACGGAGCUCGCGCCUCAGCGGUCGAGGGUUGACUGCGGAGGAUCUCAACCGAGAAGCGGCGGAUGCGCCUCCGACCAAGGCAUCUUCCUCAGCCGUCCUCUCCUCAUCUGCACCUGCGAAUUCGAUGGAGUUAGACACUCCUCGGCGUGAUCAAAUGGAAGUAGAUGACGAACAGCGCACUGAAGGAAGUCCAAUCGAUCAAGAGAUGAGCUCCCGUCCAUCAAAUGUUGAUGAGCCUCCCGUCAACGUCCAACCUGCUCAAGACGGCUCGAAAAUGGAGGCGCAUACACCCCAUGGUACUCGCAUUGCCACCCCGCUCGGCAGUCGUCCGGGUUCUUCACUCCGAAAACACUCCAGCAGUUCCCUCGCCGGGCUAGCCGCCAGUGGAGGCGGCAGUCGGUCAUCCAAACCCUCUUAUGCGGCUGCUGUAAAGGCCGAGCCAAAAGAUUGGCACCUAGCUUUCAGCCUCGACGGUCAAUCUAUCCCACUCGAUACGACGGUGUAUGGCGCCGUAUACGCCCACGAGUCUCGAACUGGUCUCCAGAGUCGUAACAUGUGGACAAACGUGUAUACAGUCACAUUUCGGAAGGUCGAUGGACCGGUACCGACUUCAAAUGAAGAUGCGUCCUCGGUCGACCCCGAGUCCCGUGAAGAGGGUCAAUUGCCAGCUUCCAUCCUCGAAGGCUCUAAACAAGCCUCAAUCUUGAGACUCUUGCGUGCCUUGCACGGCUUGAACUUGGAUUGGCAUGAACUCAGAAACUCGUCGGAUCAAGCGGAAAGCAGUCUAGCAUUUGCCGAAAGCGUAUUCAUCAACAACAAGCUGACCGCUAAGCUUAAUCGGCAAUUGGAAGAGCCGAUGAUUGUGGCAAGUGCAUGCCUGCCGGAUUGGGCUUGCGAACUGCCACAACAGUUUCCAUUUUUGUUUCCAUUUGAAACAAGGUUUUCAUUUUUGCAAAGCACAUCGUUUGGCUAUGCGCGUCUGAUACAAAAAUGGGUCGGUCAGGCUCGGUCCGAUAGUUCGCGCAGGGACGAGAAUUUGGGUCUUCUAGGAAGACUUCAAAGGCAAAAAGUGAGGAUUAGCCGGCAAAAGAUUCUGGAGUCGCUUAUCAAGGUCUUCGAGCUAUAUUCCUCCUGUCGUGCAAUGCUUGAGGUCGAGUACUUUGAUGAAGUGGGAACCGGGUUGGGACCCACUCUGGAGUUUUUUUCGUUAGCUUCGAAAGCUUUUGCCGAAAGACAAUACCAAAUGUGGCGGGACCAUGAGAGCGACUCCCAAGCGUUACAUGUUUUCAGUCGGACUGGUUUAUUCCCGUCCCCUAUGGACGAUCGGACAGCAGAAAGCGAUAGAGGUAUCGAGCGGCUCAGGAAGUUUAAGGUACUCGGUCAAUUCAUGGCCAAAGCGUUGAUGGACUCAAGAAUCGUCGACAUUUCUCUCAGUCGAAGCUUCGCUCGCCUGGUAUUGGAUUAUCCACUACCACUCACCAUCGCCAGUGUCGGAUUAGUUGAUAAAUCGUUGGCAGCUUCAUUGGAGCAUUUGAACAAAUAUGUGAUCGCAAAACAUGCCAUCGAAGCUGAUGCCAGUCGUUCCGAAACCGAAGCCCGCGAAGCCAUUCAGCAAAUCCGGAUCGAUGACGCUACAGUCGAGGAUCUAGCCCUAGAGUUCAUUCUUCCUGGAUAUGACGUGGAGAUGAAACCCGAUAGUUCGGAAACCUUGGUCACAAUCGACAACAUCGAAGAGUUCAUCGAGUUGGUGAUUUACUGGACCUUGUCAAAAGGCGUUACUCGCCAGAUUGAAAUGUUCAAGGCAGGCUUCUCGAUGGUGUUCCCGAUCCGAGAUCUCAAAAGCUUCACGCCCGACGAAAUCGUCAACAUCUUUGGUAACGCUGAGUCAGAAGAUUGGUCAAUCGAAGCUUUGACAUCUGCUAUGCGAGCUGAUCAUGGUUACAACAUGGAUUCGGCCGCUAUACGAGGUUUGAUCAACAUCAUGUCAUCAUACGACGUUCCGUCGCGUCGCCAAUUCCUGCAGUUCAUCACCGGCGCACCCAAACUGCCGAUCGGCGGUUUCCGUGGCUUGCACCCCGCUUUAACGGUAACUAUCAAACUCAUUCUCAUUUUAAACCGUCGAACUCAUUCGACAUCGACAGCGAAGUUUAAAAACACAGAAAUCUUUAUAUUCAAGAUGGUUGAGGAGAUGGUCAAAAGAGCGACACGUAGAUUGGCGAAGAAUGCACUAUCGCAAGGCGAUAUGCCUCAAGGUGGUACCUUGUUAAACGAACAACAAGCAUCGGAUGACGCGAUACGCACCGAAGAUAACUCAUUAACACCGAACUCAAGUAAAGUGCCAGGCCCCGUCGAGGAGACCGGGAACGAGACGGGAGCGAUAGCUGCGAGAUAUAAGGCUCUCUUAUCGAAGGUUCCCCAGGUGCCAGAUCCGACUGAUUUAAUCGUCGUUCACGAUCAACAAGCGCCUAUGGCCGUGAAAGAACCCAAUUCUACGAGCGUACCAACGGUGUUGGUUUCUAAUGCUGAUAAACCGAAGAAAUCUCAAAAGGAACGUUUAUGGGAAAAGGUUACGGAAGCUGUCAGCAACAAUGAUGCAGAGAACACCGAAUUCUUCAUGGGGGACGCGGCGGCUUCAGGGGUCAAGGAGAGCGUUUCGGACAAGAAAGGAGGCAUUCAGACUAUCAAAACCAUCCGGAGUACCAUCAAGACAAUGGUUACGGUAGAAAGAAUAGAGAUCUUUCCGAACAUGGGUACAGACACCAUGGUCAUGAUGAAGAAUCCGGUGGUUAUUACUGUGGUGGUUUUGGCAAAAAUCCCAAGAGCUCCCUCGCAUCACCUGAGCCCUCCACCGUGA